AUGGCAUUACCGCGUACAAUGGAGAGCAGUGAUCUGCUAAAGUUCAGGACGAGGGCCUGUCAGAGAUGGAUUAAAGGAUCGAAAUGUAGUUUUGGCGAUAAAUGCCAAUAUUCUCAUGAUCUGACAUGGCCCAGGAGGCCCUUAUGGGAAGUGAAUUACAGCGAGACAUUGUGCACAUAUGCAGCUUCCCAGCAGCAAGAACAGUGUCCUUUCUUGAGAAAUUGCCCUCAUUCUCAUACUGAAACUGAAGCUCUCUAUCAUCCUCAUGUUUACAAGACGGUGUUAUGCCGGGAAUUCAAUCGCAGUGGUCGCUGUGGCAGAUACUAUUGCCCAUAUGCGCAUGGCCAGCACGAGCUGCGGUCAAAAAAAGAAAUUCAUAAUUCAACAUCUGAGGAGCUAAGUACCACUGAUGAUCUAGCGACCGAGGGAGUUUCCGUAUCUGAAAACUCAGACCGGAAAGGUCCCGUUGAGUCGGGCCGAAAUGGCUCCUCAGAAGCCGGGUUGGCAGCGGCUUCGCCGCAGUCAGAACACGCAGAGAAUGACCUUCCGGAUCCCGGUCCCAAUAUAGGUCACCCGAUUCACUCGACAUUAGAUCGAGACCCUACCGCAGGGUCUCGGCCAAUAGCGGAUGAUGAUCCACCUAGUUUAAAAGGCCGGUUGGCGGGAAGCAAUACGUCAGACGGAAACCAUAUGUCUGAUGGAAACAAUUUGUCUGACGCAAACAACCUGGCUGAACUGUCGGAGCUGACAGAAUGCAGUCCGGCGGAGGGAAGUCGAAUGGAAGCCAGUCACAUCCACAAGCGAUUUUCCAUCAGUCGUUCGGCCGAGCUGGCCGACGAUGAUGACGCCGACGGAGUCAUCUACGUCAGCAAGGACAUGCUGCAAGGACCCCCCACGCCGACCACCGCGGCAGCCGCUACCGCCGAAUUGCGCAGCCGCGGCGCCUUUUCCGCUGCUUGCGACAUGGCGUGUGGUUUGUUCGCUUAA